CAUCCAAGUCUGUGUGCUGGGAUCUCAGAUCCUUCUGCUCCAACUCUGCGCUGUGCUCAACCCUACUCUCAUUUGUUCUGUUCUGACUAAAAACACUGCUGACACUGACAGGAAAACUUUCAGAUUUUUUUUCUUUUUCUAAAACAACCCUCUAAAACUCCCAAUUUUAUCCCAGUUUGAAGCUCAUCUGGAUUUGUUUUUGGAGAGUUUGCAGCCGUACGUGGAUCCUGAUCCAUUCUGACUUUUGUUUUUAAUCUUGACAGGGAUGAGAGUGGUACUGUUUGUAAACUGACCACAGAACAGAAGAGACCUGUGAGCGCCAUCUACAUCCUCUCCUUUGUCUCUAUUGUUAAUGUAUUUUUUCUCUGGGAUGUAAGGAGGCAAGUCUUCCACCUUUUCCCCGUAUUUCGAUCUACAAAGGAAGGUUCUGGAGAACUUUUUUUGUUAAAGAUGCGUCUUUUUCUGCUUCUGUUGGGAUUAUUUUUGCUCUCUUCUUCGUCUACAAGAGCUGAGCCGGAGCUGCAGGAGGAUGAGGAAGAGGAAAGUUCCUGCCAAGGCGCCUUUGACCUCUACUUUGUGCUGGACAAGUCUGGCAGCGUGAAGCAUCACUGGGAGGAAAUCUAUUACUUUGUGGAAAACCUAGCAGAGAAAUUUAAGAGUCCAAUGUUGAGGAUGUCCUUCAUCACCUUCUCCUCCAGGGCUUUUAUCAUCAUGAAGCUGACAGAAAACAGGAAAGAAAUCAGGAAAGGGUUAAAUGCACUUCAAAAAGAGAUUCCAGGAGGAGACACGUUCAUGCACCUCGGACUACAGAUGGCCAACGAGCAGAUUCUCAAGGAAAACUUUGGCACAGCCAGUGUGAUAAUUGCACUGACAGAUGGAGAACUGCAGGAGCAUCAGCUCACUUCUGCACAGCAGGAGGCAGAAAAAGCCAGAUCUUUGGGAGCCAUCGUCUACUGUGUUGGCGUCAAAGACUUCAAUGAGACACAGUUGGCCACCAUUGCCGACACCAUUGAGCACGUGUUUCCUGUCCUGGGAGGUUUCCACGCCCUCAGAGGAGUCAUCGACUCGAUCAUCAAGAAAUCCUGUAUUGAAAUUUUGGCAGCCGAGCCCUCAAGUGUGUGUGCAGGAGAGUCGUUUCAAGUUGUGGUGAGAGGCAACGGUUUUCUCCACGCCAGGAACAUCAAGCAGGUUCUGUGUAGCUUCAAGAUCAACGACACCAUCACCAUCAAUGAAAAACCAGCCGGAGUAGAAGACACAUUUCUGCUGUGUCCAGCUCCCGUCAUCGAUGAAGUGGGAAAGGUGAUUUAUCUCCAGGUGAGCAUGAACGACGGUCUGUCCUUCAUCAGCAGCAACGUGCACAUCACCACCACAGAGUGUUUUGAUGGAACCAUCCUCCUCAUCACCCUGCUGGUUCUCUUCCUCCUGCUGGCUAUGCUCUUCAUGUGGUGGUUCUGGCCUCUGUGCUGCACAGUGGUAAUUAAAGAGCCCCCUCCUCCACCUCCUCCUGAGCCUGAGUCAGAUGAUGAAGAUGGGCUGCCCAAGAAGAAGUGGCCCACAGUGGAUGCUUCGUAUUACGGUGGCCGAGGGAUUGGAGGCAUCAAGAGAAUGGAGGUGCGCUGGGGAGGAAAGGGUUCCACCGAGGAAGGAGCAAAACUGGAGAAGCCUAAAAACGCUGUGGUGAAAAUGCCGGAGCAGGAGUACGAACCCUUUGAGCCCAAACCUAAGAAACAUCAGAACAAGAAGCCUCCUCAGAGCCGGAAGUGGUACACACCCAUCAGGGGUAAACUGGAUGCCAUCUGGGCUCUGUUUCGUCGCGGCUACGACCAGGUUUCUCUGAUGAGACCUCAGCCUGGAGAUCAUGGUCGUUGCAUCAACUUCCAGAGAGUAAAGAAUGAGUCAGCAGCAGCAGCAGCAGCAGCAGCAGCAGCAGCACACAAAGCUCCACCUCGCACCCCAGCACCUGCACCUGCACCUGCACCUCCAACACCAGACUACCACCCUGCGCCUCGCAUGUCCCCGCCUCCUUCUUCUCCCACCUGCGGCAGCCCUCCUGCCAGAUCACCUCCAACAGGCCCACCGCCAUCUCGUACACCACCUGGGCCUCCCUGUGCACCACCAUCACGCCCUCCACCUGGCCUUCGGCUUUGAAUCUUAUGCCCUACACCCACCCCCAUCACACCCACUCUGAUACACAGUCUUGAAGGCUGUGGAAUUGGCUGCCAAAGAUACUCCUGCUAUAAACCAAAGAUUUUCCAUGUCAUACUUUGUUCCUAUUCUUGUAUGGGAGAGAACGUCAAGUUAACAGCUAGCACCAGCUAACACCUAGAAUCAAUAGAUUCAGGUGAAAAAUAUUUGAUCAUAUAUUCAAUCAAAAUCAAUUUCUUUUGUUGACUUUAGUUGCCAGUGAUGGUUGAAGUUCUGACUUGGCAUUCUCUCCCACACAGAGUGAUGGGAUGGUUCGGAUACUUGUACUUUGUGUUUGGAGGAAUUGUUGCUGGACAGCAAAGCAUGAUGGGA